UAUUUAAUCGAUUUCCUAAACGAUUUUGGCAGGUUCGAUUUCUGUCUCGAAAAGGUCUGCCAACGUCACGCGGGUCUUGAUUUACGCUAACGGAUAAUAGAAGACAAGUCAAAUAUCCCGCGGGUUAAAACCUACAUACCUAAUGAUAUUUAAGAGACGUGCAUACUGUAAUCGACCGUAUACAUAAAAUUAGAACCGUGUGCAUCAUUCGAGUCAUUGACUCGUACGAUAUCGAGAGAAAGAGAGAGAGUUUGUGCAACUUUCUAAUUAUAAAAUUUAAUUUAACUUUUUCUUUUUCCGUCCAUUCGUGCUUUGUUUUGGCGCGAGUAUUGGUUAUCAGCUUUUAGGUAUUAAUUCGUCGAAGAGAUACAGUAGCGAGUUGCAUUAUGGUUGACCUUUGAACCCGAGAAGCAUGACGAUAGAACGAUUCACCAACCCCCGCUGUGGACUUUGUCAACAAGAUAAUGGGUUAACAGGAUUUGGUUCGACUUGAAGGUUCUGUCCGUGCUUCACUUACAGUUAACUUGUCAUACGAUACGAAUUCGUAAAUUGCUUUCGUAGUGGUAGUUAGAGCGUUUUUUUUUUUUUAAAUAUUUAUCUCGAUAAGGUAAUCUAAUGUCUUUGACGUGUUACGAUCAGGCGUUGAACUUUUGCAAAAAUCGCUGCGACUUGUCCGUCGCUUUGCAUAUUAGGAAUCUUUAUUGUUGUGCGUAUGUAUUACCGUGUAUAUUACCUGCUUUCCAUUGUUAUACUACUGCAACUGUACUACAUUUAGCAGUAGGAUUGGAAUCAAGCCAAAUAAUAUCGGUGAUCGUGUCAGACGAUGAGCUUAAAUCAAUUGGAUUCCUGCGAGGCUUUUGGUGGCCGAAAAAGGGAUAUUAACCCUCCUGUUUCGAGUCUGGUCGUUUUCGACGUGUUUACGUCUGGUGCUAAUCGCAAAUGCUUCUUUUUUUUUCCUCCUUUUACCCCGUGCUACGUGCCCGGUUGCCUCUGCGCUAUGGCGCCUCUCCAAUCUUUGCGCCCAUUCUGGUCAUCCGCAAAAUCCGAAUGGAUAUCCGCCGGUUCGGUAGUUGAACAAACUCGUUUUUAGCGUCGGAAACAAACGAUGACCUUCUAAGCUUAACCGCCCCGCUACCAUCCAUCGAUUAUUUGCGAGCGACCUCCAGCAGAGUAAGAACUCCCAACCAUUUGACUGAAGCAAAUUGACAGCAAAAUAAGCAUGUUUUGCAACCGUCUCUAGCAUUGAUUUUGCGAGUCGUGUGUUGUUCGGUUGCAGUUUUCGUACAGAAACGAAUAAGAUCGGCGGCAAUUAAAACAAAACCGGGAGGCCUCGAGAGGUGGUCGAUAAAUUUUUGACUACUCUAUGAUACGUAAUGGUUACUCCUCCGUUAAUCGGACUCCGAUUGGUGAGGGAAUAUUGCCGAUUUAAUGCUUCUUUGCCGUGUCUUAAAUGUGAUACGCUCUAUGCACACUACUAAUUAAUAACAAAACUGAAUGCGAUGGAACUCUGCCAAAUCCAGCCUCGAUAUGUGUAUAUGUGUUUGUUCAUUAUAAGUUAUUUCGGUUGUGUGUAUUUUUCUAUACGUAGCGCGGUAUUAAAUUUAUAUAGAUGUAACAAAGUUUGAUUUAUUUGUUUAGAUUGACGAGAGAUAAUAAGCUACCUACUUGUUUGUAACCGCGUGUGUAGUUAUUUAUUUUAUGAAGCGGUAAACAGAGUCGGAAGUGGCGAUUAGUCGCUAGUCCCUCCGCCUUCUGUCACGUGGUUGUGGAAUGUGGCGCGUGCAGUGCGGCUUACCGUCCGCUUGAAUUUGGCCAACAUUCUUUACUCGUCCGUUCCCUUCCCCUCGGCAGUCGGAUAAUUUCCUCUUUCUCCACACGGAAUCGCGCUACUUGUUUGCAAGACGCUCCGACCCCUUGUUAUGCUAUGUGUGGUUCCCAUCCUCGCGACAGACGAACCGAAUCGAUAAUCUGACUUCCCCGUGAGGGGAAAAUUUACAACAUAUACAGAGGGCGUCCCGUUUUACUUCCAUUGCUAGAUAGAGGCUGCGAGUCUGCACCUGCGGACCCACUGUGGGAGGCGACCAACUUCCAUUCUCCCCCAUUCCUGCUGGUUCAAUAGUUGCGUCCUGACCUGCCUGCCCAGCUGCACUCCGGUUUUGGCUGGGACUCUUCGAAAUCGUUAGCGUUUUGUCGUCGUCGUAUUUAUUAUUAAGACAAUUAUCUUAUGGCAAUGCGUAAUGGCACUGCAUUCUUAUCCUUCUCGUGUCCGACCACUUUUAUCACUUUCCCUCAUUUUAUUGCAUUAAUCUCGCCGUUGUUGAAUUUCAGACGAUGACGCAUUCGUGGGCGUCGUGUGCACCACUGACGAUGACGAUGGGUAAUUAUAUCUGGGUCACUUUCUUCGACUCCAAGACAAUGAAUCACACCAGAUUCGCCAUCGUUUAGCCCUGUCUGGGUUCACCGUUUUCCCCCGUUAACCCCUCCAGCGUUGAAAGUGAAAGAAAAUAGAUUCCCAUGGUGGCUUAAUGUAAUGUCCCCGUUAACCCGGGCCAGCUCGAAACAAAUACAAAUGCCUUGUUGCGAUCUCGACGUGGACGGAGUGGAGCGCGAAUCGGCCAUGUUGACGGCUCUUUUCGAUCCCACGGAAUGGCCACCCCUUUUGAGUCUGAUGGACAGCAGUAACGGCAACACCACCACUUCCAUCACCACCACCGUCACAACCUCCACCACCACCACCACCAAUUCAAACUCGGCCAUUACGUCUUCAGGAGCCGAGAAAAGAAAACAAACAGAAAACGCCAUCGAGAACUGGUGCAAAAGGCCGAAGAUCGAAACAGAUUUAACGGUAUCCGGCGAAGAAGUGGUGAAAAAGAAGAAAGGAAAGAAGAAAGACGAGAGGAGAAAACUUUUGAAAAUUUCGGUGAAUAAACUGCGUAAUAUCGACGACGCCGAAACGUUUCUGCGUCGAUCCGUCCUUAUACACAAUACCGUUCGACGUUUGCAAAGGGAGAUGGAACAAGAACGUUCGGGAGAUCCAUGGGAAGACGAAGAACCGUACGGUGUCAGCGAGAACGUGCUGCAGAUCACCAUAGGAGAAUCGAAAUGUGACACUAGGCCUCAGAGCCAACAGACGGAUUGUGCGGGGAGUCAAUGCGCCACGCAGUACAGGACUACUCAAGGAAACGGACAUCAGGGGGAAUCCGUCUUCGAUUCCGUCGUUUAUCACAGCCUUUUAGUGUCGUUGGAAUCGUAAGCCACUACUCGUACAUACGUCGACUGUUCCAAGUGUGCCAACAUGGGAAAGAAACACACACAGAAAAAGAACUGUGAUAACAGCUCCCCUCUCCUCGCCUUUUUCUUGGCAGCCGGGAAGGACCCACUGUACAUAAUUCACCGAGGGGAACGCGUUUCUCUAAAACUGUACAUUUCUUGUAUAUUUGGAAAAUAUCCAGUUUACAUUUAUUGUAUUUCCACGGAUUUCACUUCUGGUGGUUUUUCGAAAUGGCUCCGUAUCAUCUUUUUCCUACUUAAAAUAUUUAGAUGUACUUAAGUACCCCCUUCUGCCUAGAGAGAAAAAAAAAGAGGAAAACUUAAUUAUUAUUUGCCAUUUCUAUAUACAUAAAUAAAUAAAUAUAUAUAUAUAUAUAAAUAUAUAUAAUUAUUAUUAAUUCAUCUUUCUGAUUCGUGACUGUGACGUGAUGUUUAUUAUGUAUAGCUGCUACAUAUUUUCUUAAAUAAAUUAUUGUGCAGCAUGACCGAAA